AUGUUCGAUUGCAGACCUUAUCAAUGGAGAUGGAGGACAAAGGCGGCGAUGGAUGAUUUGCGAUGGAGGAGGGCUGCACCGAUGAUGGCAGAAGGAGGAGCAAACGUUGGAGAAGACAAAAGUGGGAGAUGGAGAAAAGGUUGGGUUGUUCAUGAUGGACUGUUGAAAGCUUCAGAGCAGGAGAGCAAAAGGCACCAGUGGUCUAGUGGUAGAAUAGUACCCUGCCACGGUACAGACCCGGGUUCGAUUCCCGGCUGGAUAGUCGAUCAUCCCUAUUUGUUCACGAUUGAACUUCGCCAUGGUGGGAAGUUCACACUUUUUCCAAAUGUAAUAUAUGUUAAGGGGAAACUUACGUAUAUUGAUUUAGUUGAUAUAGAUGAGUUUUCAGUGCAUGAACUGAACGCUAUGAUGCUAGAACUAGGAUACAUGGUCCCCCCAGUAAUAUAUUAUCACUUCAGGAUUCCCAAUGAAGACUUGAUUUUUGGCCUUAGAGCUCUAGGUAAUGAUCAAGAUGUGUGUAACCUAGCUAAAUAUACUGGAGCUAACAAGGUGAUCCAGGUGUAUACUGAACAUGGCACAACCAACUUGGUUACAUACUUCAUGUCACCAAAUAAGAGAAAUAGUGUUGUCAUUGAAGAACUAAAUGAAGAAGAUGAGGUGGCAAUUGAACUAAAACAAAGAAAACAAAAAUUAGUUCAUGAUCCCCAACAUGAAAGUUGUAGUUCAUCAUUACCACUUGUGGUUUAUGGAGACAAGGAAGCACCAUCAAGUGAAAUCAGGGAUAAGCAAGACAAGGAAGCACCAUCAAGUGUGAUAAGAGAUAAUCAAGACAAGGAAGCACCAUCAAGUGUGACAAGAGAUAAUCAAGACAAGGAAGCACCAUUAAGUGUAACAAGAGAUAAUCAAGACAAGGGAGUACAACAAAAACAUGAGCUUGAUGCAAAAACUGUGUAUGUACCAAUUGGUUUAUCUGAAAUGUUGAAUGUAGACUUUGAUCCAUUUGAAGGGUUGCAUGAUAGUGAUAACAACAACAAAACAGACCCUACAACAAUCCACCUUGGUAGUGACUAUCAAGAAUUUGAUCAAGAUAAUGGGGGUUUAUUUGAUGGUCAAGCAGAUGAGUUCAAUUAA